AUGGCAUCAGUCGAUGGAGCCAAUCCUCCAAAGAGACCUGUGCGUAUUGCCGGCGCAAGUGGUGGCUUCACGGAUCGCCAGCGCAGCAUCCUAUCCUUCGCCCGAGACAAUGAUGUCGACGUAAUUAUCGGUGAUUGGAUGAGUGAAAUGACCAUGCAAUGGCAUGGUGUAGCGAAAGCAGACGCAGCCCGAGCGGGACAAGAUACGAAUGCUAUUGGAGCUUUUGAUCCCUCAUUCAUGGGUACAUUUUCGUCAGCCCUCUCUCAUCUGCAGCAACGUCGGAUCAAGGUUGCUGUCAAUGCAGGUGCCAGUGAACCAGACAAACUCGCUGCUCUAGUUAUUAAAGCAGUUGAAGAGCAGGGUCUUGAUCUGAAAGUCGCAUGGAUACAAGGCAUUGCAGAGUCCUUCCGAGCUGGUGCCGAUAUUGUCAUUUGUGGUAGGGUAUCUGACGCUGCGCCCGUAAUUGGAGCCGCCAUGUGGUGGCAUGGCUGGGACCGCAAUCAUGACUUCGAUGCGUUGGCCGGAUCACUCAUCGCUGGUCAUCUGAUUGAAUGCUCGAGUUACGUCUGCGGUGGUUACUAUAGCGGCUUUAAGGCUUUGUUUGAUGGAUGUGAGAAUAUCGGCUUUCCGAUUGCCGCCAUCAAGAAGGACGGCACCUUUGUUCUAGAAAAGGAACCGAAUACCGGUGGAGAGAUGUCAGUAGGAACUGCCACAUCUCAACUUUUGUACGAGAUCCAAGGGCCACGCUACUAUGGCUCAGAUGUCGUUGCCUUGCUUGAAGGUAUUCAAAUGCAGCAAAUCGCCAAAGAUCAAGUUCUCGUUACUGGUGUCAAGGGAAGCCCUCCACCGACAACCACUAAGGUCGGGAUCACUGCCCGCGGAGGAUAUCAGGCAGAAUUCCACUACUAUAUGUGCGGGCUGGAUCUCAAAGAAAAGGCUGAGUGGACUGAGCGUCAAAUUCGGUAUAGUAUGGGCAAGAAUGUCGAGAAAUUCUCCUGUCUCAAAUUCAGUCUCAAUGGAUGGUGCCAAGAGGAUCCAGAGAACCAGGAUGUUGCAACAGUUGAUUUCCGCAUUUUUGUUCAGACGAAGGACAAGAAUAUUUUGGGGGCCGGUUCCAUGGUCGGAUUCCAGCGAUGGUGCAUGGAGAAUUUCCUCCAGAGUGUACCGGGUGCAAGUAUUGAGAAUGACCUACGACAAACGAGUGGGAAAGAAUAUUUCGAAUACUGGGCUGCAUUACUUCCGCAGUCAAAAGUCUCCCACAUUGUGAACCUCCCGUUCCUCCAUGACAAAACAAUUUCUAUACCCUCGUCGGCAAGCUUGGAAAAUUAUGGCAAAACAUACGAGACCAGGCAAUGGAGCUACGAUACCCGGAAUCCAGUAGACUUGGCAUCAGUUGGUCCUACUAAGAGAGGACCUCUGGGCUGGGUAGCACUUGGCCGAUCAGGGGACAAAGCAUCUGAUGCAAAUGUUGGAUUCUUCGUGAGAAACAAUGAUGAGUGGUACUGGCUGCGGUCAUUACUCACAGUCGCAAAAAUGAAAGAAUUGCUAGGGCCCGAGUACAACGGGAAGGACAUCGACAGGUUUGAAAUUCCAGCUCUUCGGGCUGUGCACUUCUUGCUUCAUGAUCACCUUGAUCGGGGUUGGAGUGCUACAAGUACCUAUGAUGGGCUGGGAAAGAAUGUUUGCGAGUACCUUAGAGCCAAGCACGUUGACAUUCCAAUUGCGUUUUUGGAGAGGGGAACAGUUUCCCAUCAACGGAGAUUUCAGGAGUAA